AUGCAAAUAAGUGAAAUAAUAAAUAAUAGUGGCCCAACUUCGUUGGGUGAGGGUGAGAAACUCGAUGAGGUUAAUGGUAUAUUAGACCAGGAUUUUGUCCGUAAAUUUGCCCUUGUUGUAAAUAUGUUACAAUCAAGUCAACCCACAAAUAGUGACAAUCUUGUCUCACAAUCACAAAUAGUGAAUGAUACAGACAAAGAUAAUUUACAUUUCUCACAAUGUAACAAAUUUUGGAAUACUAAUUCACAUAUUGGAGACUCAGUAAAUAAUAAAAUAGAUUUUCUGUCGCAAGAAUGCUCUGCAAUUGAUAGUUCAACAUCUCAAAUGUCAAUAUGUGAUACAUCUAGACCUUUAAAAAUGUCUUUCAAUGCACUUAAAGACAAGAUGUCACAAGAGAAGUGUCCAAAGAAAAAGAGCAAACUGGACGAAGAAGGCACUCAUUGGCAAGAAGGAGAAGUAUUAACAAAGAAAAAUAGACAAAAAAUACAUUGCUAUUACGCAUUUACACCAUCUAAAACAAAUUUACGAGUUAGAUGUGGUGAAUGUUCAAAUGUUUUUAAUGGAGUUCGUGGUUUAAUAUCACACUCAAGAAAGUGCGGGAAGACUAAUAAAGAUAGCUUAUCACAAGAACUACAAGCAAACAUAAUCCCAAGUCAGCUAAAAGCAAUAACUGAAAUUAGUACAACUCAAUAUGAAAAAACAUCUCACAACUUUAAUUAUAAUGACAGUUUAGUGGCAAAUUCCAGUUUUUCAACUCAAACAACUGACUUAAGUCAAUCUAAUCCAUCUGUACCAUGUACAAUUUCAAGUAGAACAAGCUCAGUUGAGCACAACUUUAUGGCAUCUUUUUCUAGUGGUUUCACUAGUAAGUUACUAAAUUCUGACUUAAAUCAAGUUGUCAACGAUAAGUGUGAUGUGCCCAACUCGAUAAAGAAUGCCAAUAUAGAUAGUAAUGAAGUUACGGAGAUUUGCGAAAUGAGCAAGACAGGAAAUAACAAUAGUAAAUUCACAAUUAAUGAAGAUAAUUUAAGACAGAAAAAUGACAGAUUUGGCGUAAGGGAAUUUGGAGAAUGCAGCCCUGAGAAGUUUAAAAGGCAUAUAUACAGUGCAAUAUCAUGUUUACCGAAGUCAAUACUCUUAAAAAUUUUAAUCAAGAGAAAUCCUAUAGCUUAUCAAUCUUUAAGGGAUAAAAUGUAUUCAAUUACAAGGGAGUCUAUUAUUGAACUUAUUUCCUCCGAAUUUUCACUAAGUUCUCGAAAUCUAUAUACUGAUACAAAUUCAACAUUAGAAACUUCUGAAGAAAAUCGGACAGUACAAGACAGAGAAGAACAAGAACAAGAACAAGAACAAGAACAAGAACAAGAACAAGAACAAGAACAAGAACAAAAACAAAAACAAAAACAAAAACAAAAACAAAAACGAAGUCAGAUAGAUUCAAGUAUCUCAGAUGACCUAGAUAUAUUGGAUUUUCCAAAUAUUCCCGUAUUUUUUAGACAUCUGUUACCUACACUUACUGAAUGGAAAUGUAAUAUAUGUAAAGAAGUUGGAGAACCUACAGAUUCCAUGGUAAUGUGUGAAGGAUGUGGGCUAAUAUAUCAUUUUAAUUGUCAUAAUAAAUCUAAUAGUGUGGUUGAUAAUGAUUGGAUAUGUGAAUGGUGCCAAAAAGAAAAUAUGUCUUUGUAUUUUAAUUCUCGAUAUCAGAUUGGGGAAUUGGUUUGGACUAUAUAUAAAUCUCACAGAUGGCCAGCACAAAUCACGGAAAUUUAUAAUAAAGGAAAAAAGUUUGUAGUUCAAAUAUUCCAUAUACAAAAGGUACUUGAAAGAAAACCCGAAGAUUUGUUGAGUUGGACAUUAGGGAUUACAUAUAUAGAGGGUAAUGCUGCUAGGGGGGCCUUUUUAAAAGAUUCCAAUUCGGCAAAUUUGUACUGGCAAUCUAUAAUUAAAGCGUUUCAGUAUUAUAUCUAUUCACUUAAAGUGAGUGAAAGGAGGUCAGUUCCAAAUAUUUUUUAUGCUAAUGAAGUACAUAAAUCUAGCAGUAAUAAAUCAGUACCAAUUGAGGAUGAAGCUUCAGCUAGUAAAACUAUCCAACAUCCUGUACUAGUAGAAAUUUCUAAUGAAAGAAAUAAUUCAUUGGAUUUAGAUUAUCAUCUAGAUAAAUCUGUUUAG